GUCGAAGUAGUGUUGAUGUCGGCGCCAUUUUUAAACACUUACGUCAGCUGUGCUGAUCAAUUUUGAUGUUAUUUCCUACAGUAUGGAAUCACAGGUUCACUGGAGUCCAGAAGAAGUGCAAGCGCUUAUUACAGUUUGGGCCGACGACAACGUACAGCGUGACUUAGAAACGUCCGUCCGCAAUGAGAAAGUGUAUAGAGAAAUCUCCAAGAAGCUGCAGGAGAUGGGCGUUGUGCGCAGCGUCAAGCAGUGUCGAGAGAAAAUAAAGAAACUGAAACAAGAGUACAGAAAGAUAAAAGACAGUAAUAAUAACAACAACAGCAAUAAUAAUAAUAACAACGGGAACAGCUCUGAACGCAAAUCCGCCAGCUGGUACAACGCUAUGGACGCUGUUCUCCGACAAAGAUCAGGAAGUUCAGGCGGCAGCCUGCUGGAUUCGGCUACAGUUUUGGAAGCAAUGAGUGGGGACGCGGACAGCUGCAAGUUUACGUUUCUGUGCAAAAUGCAGUCACAGGUACAUUGGACAGCAGACGAAGUCCAGGCACUUCUUGCAGUUUGGGCCGAUGACAAUGUCCAGCGCGAUUUGGAAACUAACGUUCGCAACGAGAAAGUAUACAGAGAAAUAGCAAAGAAGUUGGAAGACAUGGGCAUUGUGCGAACUGUAAAGCAGUGUCGAGAAAAAAUUAAAAAGCUGAAACAAGAGUAUAAAAAAAUUAAAGAGUAUAACAGAAGAAGUGGCACUGAACGCAAGUCUGCCAGCUGGUACAGCGCCAUGGACUCCGUUUUAGGGCAAAGGCAAGUAAGUUCAAACGGGAGCACACUGGAUUCGACUACAGUGUUUGAGUCGAUCAGUGGGGAUACGGAAACAUGUUCAUCUGAGCAGUCUUCAGAAUUAACUCAGUGUCUAGAAGUUGAUUACCCAAGCGAUUCCGAAGUUACUGUCAUCCGCAUUCCACAAACACCAGAAAGUUCACCGGAGAAAAUGGUCACUCCAGCAAGCAGCCAAAAAAAACAUAAAUCGAUUUUAGGAAAAAGGCGAAGGGAUACUGGUUGGCCAGAUAUCUGUGAUGUCUUGCGAGAAGUGGAUCAGAAGAACCAGGAAAUGUUGGGGAAGUUACUGGAUCAGCGGGAGAGACAUCUACAGCUGCUCCGGGAAGAUGAAGCCAAGGCUCGAGCAGCCGAGGCCGAGGCACGGGCAGCUCAGGCAGCAGAGACGGCGUCUUUUAAUAAUAACUUCAUAUCUGUCCUUGGACAGCUUGUUCAGGUUUUGAGUAGAGGCCGCCAGCAGCAGGACAUAAAGUUUGACUAAUUUUUAUUUUCAAAGUUUUACAUGUGUAAUUUUUUAUAUUUUCCAGCCCAGCCCUAUUCUGGAUAUGUUUGUAAUGUUCUGACCAUUAAUGUAUAUAGCUUCAGCAUUUUUCUUUCACUUUUACAACCAGUAAUGUGUAUAUAAUUUCAGCUCUUUCCAUGUAUUUUUCAAUUAAUACGUAUAUAUUUUUUUACAAUUUU